AUGGCGACAGAUUCUCACCUAGUUAUAAGCGAGAUUGAAGUGCGGAACCUCGGAUUAGGAAGCAGUGGAGAUCAUAAACCCAAGGAAGUUAAGAAGCAAUAUGUGACUGUCAGCUUGAAAGGUUUGUGUAUUAAUAUUGCACCUACAAUAGAAUAAACUGUGAAGUCACGAGGACUUCAAGUUUAUUCUGUAGAAUUAUCAAGGAAUUUUGUCCAUAAGCCAGUUAGAUAUGUAUGGUCCAUAACAUGACGAGAAUUAAAGCUGUCAGCAGAUGCCCAAAGUCCUUGUAUUUACCAAUGCAUCUUAUAUUGGCAUUCACCUUGUAUAUAUUCUCGAGUGAAUGAUUCCAAAUCGCGCAAGCAGAAAACUCUGCUAAUUGCCAUGGCUGGGUUUCGAAUCCUCGCGACCUUCGAAAUGUUAGCACUACGCUCUAACUGAGCUACACGGUCAGGUCAGUCCGAUUGAGCACUGGAAAUUAUGAAUUAUAUAGUUAAUAUUGUAUACACAUACUCGUUUAUAUCAAUACAGCGUUGAGCAAUAUUAGUUCUGCGUGUGUGUUGUGUGAUGUUGUGGUAUUGUUGACUCGGUAAUAUGAUAGGAUGUCAGGUAACAUAUGGUACUGUAUGAUAGGUAAUACAGAACUAGUAUUAUUUUGAUAUUUUAUGUGUUGGUGUUGUGUACUCAGGUGGGUAUUCUUUUAUUUUAAGUUGACAAAAAAACUCUAGUAAUACUGGUAUUGAGCGCUCUUCAAACUAUCCAGUGUGUUCAUACUUUGUUCAAAACAAUGAUUAUUAUUCAGUAUGUAGUUGUAUGUAUAGUUGGCGUCGGAUUACCAACAAGCGAUGUCGCUUGUAACUAGAUAUUUAUAUGUAUAAAAGUGUUUGCAGCGGGCUACAUACAGGUUAAAAUAUUUAUUAAAAGCGUUGCGCCUGUCCAGGCUUCCUAAGUGCGAGCACAGGCCUCUACUAAACUUGCUCCAAGUCUCUCCUUCAUUGUCAUAUCGAUCCGCUAUAGUGUACAUUACACGACGUAGUACGGAGGGGCGGAGCGAGAAUUAGGCUGGGAUUACACUAUACCGGAUUGAUUUUCAUACCGGAUCAAUUUUCACACCGAAGCCAAAAUCAAGGGUUUUUACACUAUGCCGCUUCGCUCUGUUGCCAGCUCGUAUCUUUUAUCGUUGCCACGGAAACAAAUAAUAAGUUUUGACUAUUUUGGACGUUUUCUCGACAGUACUUGUGAAUUAUAACUUUGUUUACAAGGAUUGACGACCCGACGUUGCUUUGUCUCGCUCUUAUCGAAAAUUAACGAGUAUUUCAUUAAAAUUUUGCCCUUUUGAAGCAAGAAGUCAGUGUUAUUACCGCUAUCUUUAUUUGUCUUCGCUAGAAAUAAUAAAUAAUUGUAAAGCGAAGCAAACAACAGCUAUAAAAUAUUUAAAAGCGAGUAAAUAAAACGACAAUGUUAAAGUAUACUUGCCGAAAUCUAUUUAUAGUACCGGAGCGUACCGGAUUGCCUGAUUACACUUGGUUUUAUCCGGUACAGCACGUACCGGAUUACUUUUCAUAUCACCUCCAAAGCGAAGUGAUUUUCGCGCCGCGGUACGUACCGGAUUACAGUGGCGUAGUGUAAACAAGAGGCCAAUCCGAUACAGAAAUCGCGUCGCUUCGAUGCAAUCCGGUAUAGUGUAAUCGGGGCCUUAAAGAGAGACUUGUCAACUUCGGAAAAUCUCGGUUGAAAAUUGUACCGAAAAUGCAAGACUUCCAUUGCUUUAAUUCUUUCCUUCAAUUUCUUUCUGUAUUAUUUACUAUAAUGGAGCUAAUGUUAUUUACACUGUGUUAUAUUAAUACAUAUAAACACGGACAGAAAACAAUUAAAGCAAGUCUUGCAUUUUCGGUUCAGUUUUGAACCGAGAUUUUCCGAAGUUGACAAGUCUCUCUAUCUCGCUCCGCCUCUCCGUACUACGUCAUGUAAUGUACACUGUAGUGGAUCGAUAUUAUAUGACAAUAAUGAAAGAGAGACUUGGAGCAAGUUUAAGGCCUCUACAGGCUGCCGCUCAGUUGGUUAGAGCACUGCACCGGAAUCGCAGGGCCGUAGGUUCAAUUCCUGCCAGGGACCUAAAGUUGCAUUUUUCGCUUCUGUUCCUGCUUAUGUGUAAUAAAUGUAUAUAAAUUUCCACUCGAUAAUUUCCAUCUACAAAACCCGUCUGCAAGAUGCAAUCCAACAAGAUGCCAACACAAUGUUGAUAUUUACCCAUAACUUAACAUGGCAGUACCCUAGUACUUAUUAACGUUUAUAGUUUAAGGUUUGCAAAGAACAACCUUUGUUGAAUGGACCAUUUGCAUUAUAGACUAAAUUUUGAUCUAGACAAAAAUUUCAUCACAGCUUGGAAGAGCAUCACAAAAUUAGUAAUAUUCCAAAGUUUCGUUGCGAAAUGUUGUAAAAUGCGGAUAAUAUAGCCUUGCGAAAUUUGCAAUUUUCAGUCAUUUUGUAUUACAAACGGGAAAUUGAUGCCCCAACACCCGAUUGGGCUGUCAAUUUCCCGUGCGCGUAAUACAAAAUGACUGAAAAACGGCAAACUUCGCAUGGCUAUAUUAUGAUCCGCAUUUUACAACAUUUCGGAACGAAACCUUGGAAUAUUACUAAUUUUGUGAUGCUCUUUCAAGCUGUGAUGAAAUUUUUGUCCAGAUCGAAAUUUAGACUAUAAUGCCAACGGUCCAUUGGCUGUAUACUUGAACUUGGGAGUUGGAGUUUAGAGGUUUGAUUCCCGCCAGAUGGCCUGUUGUUGCAUUUUUCGCUGCUACUCUUGCAUGGUUAGAUCUAGUAGAUUAAAUGUAUAAAAUUCACACUCUCAACGUCCAUAUACAAAACCUCUUCUAGCUGUUAUAGAUGCAUGCUAUAAAGCCCCAACGGGCAUCUACACAAAACGACUUGUCAUAUACGAGUCUUAUCCAUAGAUAUCUUAUAUACACUAGAUAGUGCAUCUAAUUAUUCUGCAAUUCAAAAAUUGAAGCCGUGAUUGCAGACUCGGGAUAUUCCCAUGAAAUGAGAAGACUCGCAUGUUUUCUAUUUCUUAACCAGGGAACUUAAACAUUAAGUUAAACCUAUUCCAAAUACAUUUUCAAACUAUUCAAAUGAUGAAAGUUAUUGUUGUUUUUUAAGCGUUUAUUAGCGAGUGGGAAACUUCAACAUGGCCGCCAUCUAUUCAAAUCGGGGUAACUGCUGGAAUAUUUUUGUCUUCAAUUUUACUACAAGAGAUGCGCUAUCUAGUGUAUAUAAGAUAUCUAUGGUCUUACCCCGACGUACUGUAUAUGCACUCGAAUAAAUGCAUGUAAUUAAGAUGUCACAAUUCAGAUUUCUUCUUUAAACUGAUGAACUGGAAUAGUGGCGUCAGUUACGCGAGUAGUCGUAUCGUAUAAAUGGGCUUUAAAAAAGGCCUCGUGCAUUUGGCAGGUUAUCUUUUCAAUCUCUGGGCUUAACUAAAGGUGUAAUAAUUCUGUUCUUAAUUCGCGUAGCUUUUAGGAAGUUUUUGAGCAAGUGAUCAGCAAUGACGCGAGACCGAUCUGUUUAUACAAUUUUGUAUUUGCAUGAGCAAGUAUUUUGUAGAGUUUAAGUACCUUUAUAGGUUUACUCUUUGCUCUAAAAGUAAACAAGUGGAAAGCAGCAUAAACUAAUCAGUAAAUUCACAUCAAAACAGCAUAAACAACCACGUAACUCUGCAUGUUACGCCUAUAUUAUCAGUUUCGCUUCGUUGCGAGUCUUGAAAUUAAUGUGCAAAAACAUGGUAGUUCCAACAACAGCAGCAACUCCGUACAAUAAAUUACAGAUCCUAAUGAAAAUGCAUGCAAUUAAGAUGUCACAAUUCAGAUUUCUUCUUAAACUGAUGAACAGGAAUAGUGGCGUAAGUCACGCGAGUAGUCGUAUCGUAUAAAUGGGCUUUAAAAAAGGCCUCGUGCAUUUGGCAGGUUAUCUUUUAAAUCUCUGGGCCUAACUAAAGAUUUAAUAAUUCUGUUCUUAAUUCGCGUAGCUUUUAGGAAUUAGUUUUUGUACAAGUGAUCGGCAAUGACGCGAGACCGAUCUGUUUACGAUUGUGUAUUUGCAUGAGCAAGUAUUUUGUAGAGUUUAAGUACCUUUAUAUAGGUUUACUCUUUCUUUUAAAGAAGUGGAAAACAGCAUAAAAUAAUCAGUAAAUUCACAUGAAAACGGCAUAAACAACUACGUAACUCUAUAUGUUUCGCCUAUUAUCAGUUUCGCUUCGUUGUGAGUCUUGGAAAUUAAUAUGCAAAAACAUAGGGUAGUUCCAACGACAACAGCAACUCCGUACAAUAAAUUACAGAUCCUAUCGAAAUUGCAACCAUAAUAGACAAAUAGACCUUAUGCAUAAUGACGUCACAAGGCUUGAUGCCCGCGAGGAAUCCUGGUCUUAGUAGUCAUCGCCCGGGAAAAUUUCGGUAGUGGCCAUUUUGAAUUGUUUAAUUUUCCCGGGGCAAUGACUACUAAGACCAGCAUUCCUCGCGGGCAUCAAGCUUUGUGACGUCAUUAUGCUUAAGGUCUGUUAUCCAUUAUUUGAAAGUUUAAUAAGAGGAGAAUCUUUUGUAUGUUACGUAACACGCGCUCAAAGCUAAUGAAUAUACUUUUCCACUUUGGUAUGACUAUAUUCAAAUUUUUUUAAUUUUUGAUACGUUUUUCAAGCUGCAAACAAAUUUACAAAGUAUAUAUCUAGUGCUUUAUCUGUAAAAUAAUGCUAAAAUGAAGAGAUUUUAGAUGGUUCGCCAAAGAGAAAAUGAUGCCUGAAGUUCAGUAUGUUUUGCUCAUAUUGCUGUAUACAAUAUAUAGGACGUCAAUUUUACAGCAUCAAUGAUAAUUGUAUUUAAAUUGACAAUAUUUAACUGUUAUUUUGUGUUUCCCAACCCCUACCUUCGUAUACAAAUUACGUAAUUUGUAAUACGGCGGCACAAGAACCUUUGGAACCAGGGUACUCGACCGCCAGAUACAUUUAAAACGGCCGUUGCCAACUGUGUAAACUACAAAAUAAGGCUAAAAGAAAAUAAUCUUGGGAGAAACACCAAAUAGAUUUUAGGACUUUUCAUCGCAAAAACGCGACAUUGAAAAAAAAUUGUCUCAUAAUCUGUUCAGUUAUUUCCAAUUAUUUCUCAUAUUUUUUGGAAGAAAAUAUGAAACUACUUUUCAUGUCGCUCUAAGCAACGAAUUUUUGUUGUAUAUACCCUGUAGUGUAAAACUGUUGAUGUAUUUGUCCUCAAAUUAUAUCCUCGCAUUUGGAACAACAACAAAUGUAGCCACAAUAAAUGGCCGUCAUUAGCCUAUGUAUAGCAUAAUUGUCAAAAUAGAAUAGUGGUCAUAGAUUAUCAAAUCACAGUCGUGUUUUCUGUUUACCUCAAUUCCUUGAAAGCUAUAUGGAGUACAGAAAUGCUUCAGCAUGUAAAUUGUGUAGACCUAAAAAAAAAAAAAUUAAAAAAAAAUAAAAAAAUAAAAACAUUUUGCAAAAAUACUUCGGGUCCAUGUCUCUUUAAACAAGUCGUAAUUAUACGUAACACCAGCUCACCAUAAUACUUUUUUGUUCAAGAUAAAAGAGACAAGACAAAAGAUUCUGGAACUUUGGAUCCAGCUGAUCACGGUGAAUCAAAGCUGUGCACAAAAUGGAAAGAGGUUAGCAUGUUGGCUCAAUGAACCAUAUGCCUAAUGACGUCGCAAUGCGUGAUGCGCGCUCGGAAUUGUGGUCUUCCUAAUCACAGCGGGAAAAUUCAAAACAAUCUAACAUGGCUACUGUCAAAUGCGAGUGUGCUAGCUGCUGUUUUUUGUCGUCUUUUGGAGACUAUUGAAGUCAGUGAAGAACCUAGUUCUUUUCAGAACUCUUGCGCGGGUCUUCAGAGGUUUGGCAGCCCUGAAAGUAACUGUAACAGUCCGCUUUCAUCGACAAGUACGAGUAAAAGAAGUGGCUGUUUUAUGUGUUGUGUUCCUGGUUGUUUUACCAACAAUAAAAGAAAUUCCGAACCAUGUUCCGUUAUAUAUAAAGAGUUAUAUUCUGUGUUUUUAUUGUUAGUUGAUAAUUCGUUGGUGUAGGCUUUGCAACAUUCAAGUAUGAUAGCUGGUUCAUGUAUGUUUUACGACGUCCUCGAAAAUGCAAAGAACACAGUCCAUGGCCCAUAGUUGGAGAGAAAUCUUUGCAGGAAAUUGUCCACUUCUUUAUACGGAAUUAUUUGGAUUCCACAAUUUUACCAUUUGGAAAAUUAUAAAAGGAAAGCUUAGCUUGGGAUACUGUUGACAAAACAAGCAGGAACACAAAACACAAAACAUUCUUUUACUCGUGCUGGUCGAUGAAAGCGGACUGUUGCCGUUACAUUUAGGGCUGUCGAACCUCUGAAGACCCGUGCAAGUGUUAAGAAAAGAACAGGGUCUUCAAUGGCUUGAACCUCCUCCAAAAGACGACGAAGAGCUACAGCACUCCCGCAUUUUUAUAAUUGUAUGUUUCCAAAACCAACCUUCCUGCACUGAAAAAUUUACUUUCCAAAAUAAUUUUAGUGGCGCAAAAAUACUAGCAUGCUCCAAAGUAUAUAUAGUUUACACAAAUUUUGCGGAAUUUGCACAGGAGCCGUAGCCAGAGUUCUGGCUGAAGGUAUAUUUUCUGAAGCACAUCUAAUUAAUGCAGAGUGUUUUUCUGAUUGUGCUUACUCUUUCUUUAUCACUUUACAUUGCAAUGCGACUACAUAUAUUAGCUAGAAUUUGUUAUUAGAUAUGCGCAGUAAAAGUGCGCAAUCAAAACUGAUGAAUUACCUUAAACUGUCUUUUUAGAGCUUACAAGUCAGUGUCGCUAAAGAUGGACUUCGACGUGGAGAUGUUGUGAAGAUUAAAUUUUUCCAACAGGCAUUCUUUAUUACAGGACACUUUGACACGUAAGCGAAUAAUUUGUACAUUUUAUUUGAGACAAUUUUUUUCAGAGAUAAGGAUGUUUAAAAGCUUUUAGGAAUAUUGUGCAUACGUAAUUUAAUUUAAUUUAAUUUAGUAAGAAUUUGUAAAGCGCUAAAACUAUAUAGAAUGUAGUCUAAAGCGCAUAAAUAUACUGUAUACUGUUACAAAAACUAAGUCAAAAAACCAUAAAACAUCAUCAAUACGCUAUUUAAAAACAAGAAAUAGUGGAAAUAUAUGCAUUUGUAUAUAAAAAUGUCUUAAGACUUGUCUUAAAUGAAUCCAAAGAAGAUGAAAGUACCGAAUUUCAUACAAAUGCAAAAAGUAGGUCCUGCUUUCAUAUAAAGGCACGAAAUUUAUAUUUCGGAAUUCCAUACAGCUACGAAUUACAAUAAUCCAUAUGUGCCGUAAUGAUGCAUGAACCAAAAUUUUGGUUGAGUUGUCAGUUAUAUAGUAGCAAGUCGGUCUGUUACAUGCACGGGUAAAUAUCUCAUAGAUAGUCUGAGAUAUAUUUGCAUGACUGCUUGUUCCCAGUUGCAUGUUGUUGGCAUAUGUUAUCAUGUUGCAACAAGGUUGAUGAAGCAACAAGUUGUUCCAACAUGCAUAUUUGUUAUCGUUUGCACGUAAAAAGUUGACGACAACAAGCUCGUAGCGAUUGUUACGAACAGUCUGUAUGUUAGUCUUGUUGGAGUAACUUGUAGCAAGUCUGUUACAUUCAUCAAUGAUAGCACCUGAUAACAACUUGUUCCAGGCUUGACAAAACCCUGAUUUCAACUUGGUUGCUGGUUAAUGACGUUUCUACGAUAAUAAUUUUCCGUCUACAUGCAAUAGGCUUCUCGGCAAAGCGGAGCUUCCUGUUGAAGACCUGAUCAGCAGAAAGGGAACAAAAAUUCCCUUCAAAGUAAAUCUACGAGAUGGAAACAGCCAUCCCAUUGAGGUAAAUUUUUAUCGUGAAAAGUAUUAAUUGUUAUCAUCAUUAAAUUUAAAACACGGCAAGGAAUAUAAUUACGUAUUCUCUGAAUUAGCGUCAUCAAUUUUUUAUCUCGUUAUACCUAAUUGAUACCUUUGCCAAAAGGAGAGCUAAAUAAUUGCUUAAACUUUAAAUUUGUAUGUUAUGAACCAAAAAGUUGUUUCGACAAUUACGUCGCGAGUAGCAGCGCGUGAAUAUAUAGAUUUGAAUGUUUAUAAGGUGUAUCUACUGUAUAAAAAAGGUAAUCCAAUUUUGGCAUGCUUUAUCGUGCAUUAUAUAUUACGUUUAGGGGCCAUUCACAAAGGAUGUCCGAGCCGAGGGGCGGGGGGGGAGGGUGGUUUGGAAAAUCAGGACAAACUCGGACAUUGGGGAGGAGGGGGGUUUUUAGCAAUCCGGAUGUCCGAAAUUUUAAAAAAUUCAAAAACAAAUUUCUUUUUCCUCUAUUUUGAGCUCUCCUUCCCAUUGUGAAAUUGUCACUUUGACUAUGCGGUUAACACUAGAUUUUGUUUUAAUACGUAAUUUGUAUCUUUUUGUAUUCACGUUUACAGUUAUAAAAAAGUUCUAAAAGUAAAAAAAGUUUUUUACUCUUGACAUAUACAAGGUUGCGUGAGUUUUUGCGAGGCAUGGCGGAUGUCCGGGGGGAGGGGGGUCACUAAUUCGGAUAAUGCCGGACAAGGGAGGGAGGGGGGGGUCUGAAAAUCCAUCAUUUGGCCGGACAUCCUUUGUGAAUGGCCCCUUAAAUAUUUACGUACUUGUUUUCAUACCACUAAAUAUCAGGCUUAUAGGUGUUGAAUACUGCAUUCUUGUAUCAUGGCGAUUAAAAUAGUCAAAUACGGGCGAUAUGAAAAUGUCUCACGAAAUCACAUUUUUCCACAAUUGGGAAUUGCAUGUAAAGCUAUUGUCUGAGUAUUGAAAUUUUUUUUUUUUGGGAUUCAAAUUUAAGUUGCUUGAAUCAAGAUGGCGCAACGCAUGUGUAUGAAUCAAGUUUUAUCGCUUCGUUUCCUUAACACUAUGUCAGCAAGAUAUCCUGCAACGAUUAGCUCUGUUUUCUGUGCGCGAACAUUGCGCAAUUGACCAAGUCAGACAGCAACUGGAACAAUUGUGGCAAUGUGCAUCUUGCGCAACGCACAAGCCGUUUUAUUAUUUUUUAAAACAAUGAGAUAAUUAUUAACAUAACAAAUUAUAAACCGAAGUUAAUUAUUAAAAGUUCGCACAGAAAAGGUGGGUAAUAAAUACGCCCUCCAUUUAGAAAUCAAUUUAAUAACUAAACUAACUUACAUAUGUAAUAAUAUUGCGUCAAGUAACGGGGAGGAGGGUGUGAUAUCAAUUGACUUCAGCCAGAGAGUUGACCUUUCGCGACCAGAUUGAAGAGUAGAAUGAACUGAUGCACAUACUGCCCUAGAUUAUAUCACCACUCCUAUCCGCUUCCUGCGCAUUACAUUCAUGUGACUACAAAUUAUCGGGGCUAAUACCCACGUGUCCCAUUACAAUAGCUCCCUAUCUCUAAAACUAGAUGCAGGAAGCAAUAAAAUCUUUAUUGGUAUGCCAAUAAUUCCUUUAUCGCUUCCUUUCCUUAAUACUAUGUCAGCAAGAUAUCCUGCAACGAUUAGCUCUGUUUUCUGUGCGCGGACAUUGCGCAAUUGACCAAGUCAGACAGCAACUGGAAUAAUUAUGGCAAUGUGCGUCUUGCGCAACGCACAUGCCGAUUUAUUAAUUUUUUAAAACAAUGAGAUAAUUAUUAACAUAACAAAUUAUAAACCGAAGUUAAUUAUUAAAAGUUCGCACAGAAAAGGUGGGGUAAUAAAUACGCCACGAGUCUCCUUGGGUAAAGGUGACGCGACGCAUGUGUAAGAAUCAAGUUUUUGUAAUAAAUUUCAACUCGCAAUGUUGCAGCGAAAUUGAAUGAUUAAAACAUUUUAGAGAACUGGAAGUUUCAGCAUGAGCUCCACCUUUGAAUUUACUAUAUGAGUAAAUUCUUAAACACGUCCGAAUUUAUCAUUAUGAUAAAUUCGCGGCACAUUUUAAAAAAGUUUAAAAAAGAAAAAAAAGUUUAAAAAGUUAGGGUUAGGUAUUAGUCGUUAGUGGUUAAAUUAAGGUUAGGGUUGGGGUUAAGAUUAGUGUUACGGGUUAGAUGCCGCGAAUUUAUUAUUAUGAUAAAUUCAAAAUGUGCCGCGAACUUAUCAUAAUGAUAAAUUUGGACGUGUUUAAGAAUUUACUCAUAUAAUAAAUUCAAAGGUGGAGCUCAUGCUGGGAAGUUUGCAGACUUAAGGUGGCUCGCUACAGUUUAUAGAAAUGUUGAAAAUGCGUAAACUAGAUCACCUUUUUGAAGAGAUGAUGCUCUUUACAAAUGAAAUUUGUAUAUUAUAUAUACAGCGACAAUCAAACAGUCGAAAAUUGGUCAGAAAAGUGACGUCAUCACUGUUGCUAUGGCAACAAUGACGAUUCAAGAUGGCCGAUAAUUUGGCUUUGAACGCAUUUUACUUUAAAAAAAGGUCGGUUACCCCCAUUUUUUAUUUCAGAAAACAUUUUCUUAUAGUACAAUACACUAUCUGACCAAUUUUAAAAAAAUCUGUAAUGCCAAAUUUUUAAAAAAAUUAUAAACACGGUUUUGCGAAAUAAAUUUUUUUUGCAUUACAGAAUUAUUUUUAAAUUGGUCAGAUAGUGCAUUGCACUAUAAGAAAAUGUUUUCUGAAAUAAAAAAUGGGGGUAACCGACCUUUUCUAAGGUAUAAUGCGUUCAAAGCCAAAAUGUUGGCCAUCUUGAAUCGUCAUUGUUGCCGUAGCAACAGUGGUGACGUCACUUUUCUGACCAAUUUUCGACUGUUUGAUUGUCGCUGUAUGUAUAAUAUACAAAUUUCGAUUUGUAAAGAGCAUCAUCUCUUCAAAAAGGUGUCUAGUUUGCGCAUUUUCAACAUUUCUAUAAACCGUAGCGAGCCACCUUAACACGUUUCCCAAAUGGGCAACAAAAAUCAUAGGCAGCCCACUAUAAUCUAAACACCGGACUGAAUUUAAAUUAAAACUGCAGUGAAGUUAUAAAAUUUAACGAAAAUAAUCACAAAUUAGCGAAAUAUUAAUUUCGCAAUGUAUUUCGCUAAUUUGCGAUUAUUUUCGUUAAAUUUUAUAAUUUCACUGCAGUUUUAAUUUAAAUUCAGUUGUUUAGUGGGCUUCCUAUGCAAAAAUUUGGACAAAUGUUCGAAAGUUGGAAGAACAUUUAAAUCCUAAAUGUGGAAAAAUGCAAUUUCAAUCGACCACUUUAAUUCAGAUCGUAUUUGCUCAUUUUUUAUCGCAAUGAUUCAAUAAAGGUGUCAUUUGACAGCUAGAUGCUUAUUAUAAACGUAAUAAUUAACUAACGAUAACCUGUCAGAGUUGGAUUACCAUUAUUUUUAUACACCCCGUACAAGAUUAUUAGGGACCGGUCAUCAAGGGUGGGUAGUAGCGAAGUAGUUGUAGUUCGCUACUGUAGCGAACUAGUACUACAAUUUUCAAGUAGCCAGUAGUUUUUGACUACUUUUUUAAAACAGUAGUUGUAGUUAUAGCGAACUUCAUUUUGCCUAAAAGUAGCCAAGUAGUUGACUACUUUUCAAACAGCAGAUCGCUAUUCGCUACUUUUUAAAAUUGUUAACAACUUGAUAGAAUAGCAUGAUAUUGAGACACAGUUUGCUUAAAUCCAUACUCAAUAGUCAAUUUGCACUCUUGAACACUGUAGUGCUUACAAAAAUGUUGCUUUGUGUUUACUGUUGCUACUCGUAAGUCGAUUUGUUAUUUGGUUACAUUUCAGCCUAGCUGAGUUAGUAGAUGCUCCAAAUACAGUAAGACUAAAAAAUAUAGCGUAGCGAAAUAGCGAAAUAGUUCGCUACAUUUUUUAAGCAGUAACUGUAGUCAGUAGCGAACUACCUUUGUUCAAAAGUAGCAGUAGUUGUAGCUAACUACAUAUUUUGGAAGUAGCUGUAGUUAUAGCGAACUACAAAAAAUUUGUAGUCAACCCACCCUUGCCGGUCAUUUAUAAUGGGAGGGGGGGCGGUGUUUUAGAGAAGGGGGUGGCUUCAACUGUUUUGGCCUGAAUUGGGGGUGGCCUCAAACUGAAAAAUAUGUGACAAGAGGCAACCCCAAUUUUUUAAUACUUUAUUUUCUACUCAUUUUCAAUCACUCCCCUUUAUCGUAUUCCACAAAAUAGUUCACCUUUUUUAUCCUAUAAUCGUAGUUUCCAUAGUUUAUUAAUUAUUUAGGCUACGCAAUGUCUUACACCAGUACUUGUCCCAUUUCCUAUUUUACACCAAAAAAUGUAACGAAUAAAUGUUAGAGUGGGGAGGGGAGUUCUAAAUUUUCUAGAUGAAGGUGGGGGCGUCUUGAAAAUAAAGGUCUUGCGAUCGGGGGCGCCCCCCAAAAAUGUCCAAUAUUUAUUUGUAAUAUGUCCGGUAUUUAUCACCCGCCGCCUCCCCCCUCUCCCGCCCCCCCCUGUCCCUUAGACUUAGGACAGGUCUAUAGUAGAACUGUAGAACCAGUGUUAUGACUGUUUAAAAUAAAGUCUGGUUCACCGUUGAAAUCAUGCAUCAACUGUCUUAAAGGAUAUUGGCAAUAAAAAAAUUAGUUUGUCUCAUUCAAAAGAACUCUUAAAAUUAUAUGUUAAACUCUAUUACCGAUUUGUCAUAUCUUUGCCUAGUUCUCAAAAUAUUUAGACCGAAAUUAAUCAGCUGUCUGCCAUCUUGCACUAAUUCUUGAUCUCAUUAACUAUGGUUUUGAUGACGUCAGGAGUUAUUUAACCAUAUAAAACUACUCUAAAAUGACCGAGAAACAAUCCAAAAAAUUGUUUGAAAUGUUUUUAUAAUCAUUUAUAAAUUUCAGACAGCAACCACUAACAAAGUUUUGAACCAAUAUUGAUCGCUUACUCUCAAGAUAAAAAAUAGGCGUGACCCCUCUCUUGACGUAACAUGCAUAUCCUCAAUAAUUCAAGAUGGCGAACAGCUCACUUUUUUCAGUCGAAAUAUUUUGAAAACUAAACAAGAUAUAAACAAUCUGUAAUAGAGUUUAAUAUAUAGUUUUAAGAGUUCUUUCAAAUGAACUAAACUAAUUUUUUAUUGUCAAUGUCCUUUAAGUAUAUCAAUAUAUUUGUUGGUCUCUUUAUUUAAACAGUUAUAAUAUCACUGCCAUAUACCAUUAGUUUAAUUGGACACAUCAAUAAUCUUGGUGUCAAAAUUCAUCUCUUAGAUUGAAUUUUCAUUUCUAAGAUCGAAUUUUCGAUGUUUACCAAUAACCAAACUUAUUGUUAGCAUGACAAAAUUACUGGAUGCUGAUUGGUUGAGAGGAGUACAAUUAUUUCAUUAAUUGUACUGCAGUAAAAUUAAUGAUUUUCCCAAAACAAACAAAAUGGCGGAAAGGUAUUUUAAACACAGCACCAAAUUUUGCUUUAACAAAAGAACUAAAUGAAAAUACAAACAAAAGCACCAAAUUUUGGUUGAAAGUCCGGCAGGACUGGGCUUUGACGAGAGAAUAUGAUGUUGACAUUGAGAAGUACGUAUCCAAUUUUGUCAUGCUAAUAAUAAACAAGUAAUCAUGCGAUGUUGCUCGUACAAUUAGGGAUUAAUAGUACUCGUGAUGUUUGGAAAUUUUGCCAAAUUGGACCGCGCGGCUUGUCCAAUUUUGGCAAAAUUUCCAAACAUCACUCGUACUAUUAAUCCCUAAUUGUACUCGCCAUCGCAUGAUUACCCUUUACGAAUACUUAUCUACAUACAGUGAUGUCUAACAAUAAAGACAACCUGUAUAAAAGUGUACAUAAUAUAAAUACUCUAAUUUAUUUCCAAAGACUCUGUUUAUAAUAUAAUUCUUUAAAUAUCAUUAGGCUUAAGAUAAUUAUAUUUUAUCGUUAGGCUAUACUUAAAUGUUCUAUGGAGCAUAUUUGUCCAGGCGCACCGAGUGAUGUGAAUGAUAACGUUGAUGUCUCUGGCCAGCCGUUGCUUCCAACAAGGUAAAAUGUAACGAAACUAUAUAUUGGGACGAAAGUUGCUACGGGUAAAGUUUCACUAGGUUUUCAAACCAUAUAUAAUGUUAGGGUAUACACUAAGGGCAUUACAUAUAUAGCUACUGGUUGCUACAAAAUUUUGUUUUUUCUUACCAUUGAUAAUUUAUACCUAUAUUAAAGUACUAUCUUAUAAAAAAAAAUGAAAGUUCAAAGUUCACUAUUAGCAAAUUAAUAUCUCCUAUAUCGUUAGAAACCUCGCAAAAAAACUAAAUAUAGUACAUUUAAACGGCUGCUAGCCUGCUAUGAUUUUCGACACCGAUUUUAAGUUAGCUACAUAAAGUUAAAAAACAAUAUUUUGUGGCCUUUUUGUACCAUUUUGCGAUUUUUGACCGUUAAUACCUCGGAAUAGGCUUGGAAGACAGUAUUAAAUUUGAAUCAGAAUUGUACUGAAAUUAUGUGUUCUGCUAUUCCUAACUUAGUCACAAAUGUGGAAUGGUAUAAAAUAAUAGAACCCCAAUAGCUAACGUAAUUAUUUCAUGUGUGCAAUCGUAUGGCCGGGGUACUGCAUGAAUGGCCACAAUGUAGUUCAGUAAGGUAAGUAUACUUAUAACAACGAAGGUGUGCUCCUCAAGCCAUUAUUACUAUAAGUUAUGAUAUACUGGCAAAGCUAUGUUGUAAUCUUUCAAUAAACCGUUUCCACAUAACCUGGGUUGUAAGCCAACUGUCAGAAAAGUUUGAUUUUGGUCUCCGAUGUGCAAAAUUAGGUUCUAUCACAUAUACAGUUCUCCCAAUUCAUUCAAACCUUUGGGCAGUUCAUUUCUGGAUGACUAAUGCAAAGUAAGCACGCAUGCUAUAGAAAUUAUUUAACGAUAGGCCUACCAGAUAAUUUUUUGUUCAAAUCCGCCAUCUUGAAUUUUGAGUAAAAAUUACUAUCUAAAUGCAUCUAUUUUUCUGAAUCUUGAUUUGAAAUCACAAUUUUUACUGGCUACUGAAUUCCAGGAUCUGCCUACGCUGAACCAUAAAUUCUGGUGCAGCGCUCUAACCAACUGAGCUACAACGAGACAGUUAUCGAGCUCUAACCACAAGUUCAUGUAUAAAUACUAAGGUGUUAUCAAUGCACGGUGUAUGGGUGAAUAUCGAUAAUUAACCAACAAUUAGUUAUAUCGAGUACGAUGCAAAAAUCCUGAUAUCACAUUAGAAACGAAUAGUAUAUUUCAAUAAAGAAACUAUCUACAAACAGUACAUCUCAACUUUGAAUUCUUUCUAUUUUCAUUUUCCCAGUACACAACCUCUACAACAUUUGCCCGGAACACAUCCUGUACAAGCAAUCCGUAAGGACGUUUCUUUUCCGGAGAAACCACGCGAUUUCCAGGUAAGGAUUAACAAAGGGAAGCAUGUGUGCAAGAUAUGUUUUGAACUUUAAAUGGUUGAACUGCAAUGCCAGGUUUGCGGCGGCGAAGCUCUUCCUUGGGUCGGGAAAGAGUAGAAAUUGUGGGUUUCUGAAACUGCAUUUCCUGCAUUGUGGAGGCACAUGGACAACAAUGUGAAAGUCUUAAUAAAUCACCUUUUAACAAUGUCAAAUAUAUCGAUUUUGGAAAACUUAUCAAUGAAUUUCACUGGGAGACAAAAAGAACGUUCAGUAGAUUCUAUGAGUAGAUGCGCGCAAGAUAUACGCUACAAUGACUGCCUUUCCCCCUGCCUUUCCUGCCUUUUCGUCCCCAAGUGUAAUACGGACCGUUUUAAAAAUUCUUUUAUUAACAUCACAGCUAGUCGUUUAAAAUGAGUUUUAUUGUAAAUAGUUAUAUAGUUUUUAUGAUAAUUUUUUAAAUUACCUGUUGUAAAAAUAAUCAAUUCCGUUUGUAAACUGUAAUUUAUGUAUAUUUGAUAAACUACUACUACUACUACCACUACUACUACUACCACCACUACUACUACUACUACAAUUUACCAUCCUCUUUUCAUCGGAUGGAACGAAUCUAAAACUACAGUCUGAAAACAUUUUCAGGUCCGUAUAAAAGUGAUCGAAGGACGUCAUAUUUCUGGACGCAAUAUUAAUCCUGUGGUAAGAGUGACGGUGGGUGGUAUCAAGAAACAAACUCAAGUGAAAUACACGACCAACCAACCAUAUUACAAUCAGGUAAAACUAUAGAAGACGAUGCAUGCUUAUUUCUCAAAACUGGUAUAUCUUGGUACAGUACAUAGCUACAAAACGUGACUGCCCUAUUUCGAUAUUUCGCAUGCAGCUAUGUCAAUUAAGGUUGUCCCCCGAGCGAAGCGGAAAAGUCGAAUACGAGCGCGAAAGGCUGCUGGGAUAUCGCUAAUAAAUGAAUGAAUCUAUUAGCGAUUCCCAGCAGCCUUUCGCGCUCGUAUUCGACUUUUCCGUUUUGCUCGGGGACAACCUUAAUUGAAAUAGCUGUAUAUAUGAUUUUACAUGUCAAAAUGCCUUUCCGAAUGUGAAGUGUUUCAUGUUUCACAUGUGGAACAUUUUUUUGCAAAAAAAACCCUCUCUGCAUGUAUAGUAAUAUUUACAGCAUGCAUGAGCGUCCGUGUUGUGUCGGAUAUAUAAACUCAAGCCGAAUAAAACAUUCGUAUUCUUCAACAAUUUAAUUUAAAAUAAAUGAAUGAGAUUUGGUGAAAAAAUUGAACUUAAAGUUUAUGUAAAUCAGUAUUAUCUUGUAUCAGAUAUACCAACUCCUUCACGCUCAUGAUUUCUUUUGGUUUUUCCUCAUGAAUUAUUUAUGAGUUUCACAACGUUACAUGUGAAAUCCAAAUUGAAUUGAGCAUUUUCACAUUCCACAUACCAGAAUUUCAUAUGUAAAAGGAAAUGUGAAUUUUCCGUUAGAGAAAAGACUUCAAAUAAAUUACAGAAAAUAUUCCUCAUUUAUUAAGCGUUGCUUUCGUGGUUUGUUCCCAUGGAUUUAAAUAUUUCUACAUUUUAUUUUCAGACGUUUUCUUUUAACUUUGCUGCCAAGUUUCAAGAAUUAUUUGAACACGACGUGAAAUUUGAGGUAAAUAUUGCAUAGAACUCCUUUUUAGACCUGCCAUUCUGUUUCCCAUUAAGUGCUUGAAUACACCCUUUCGAUAAUUACGUCACACAUACUUUUCGGUGUUCGAGCCUCGCUCUCAUUAGUAAAUUACGCAAGGUGAUUGGCUCACAAUUCAUGAGGGCGAGGCUCCCAGGCCAACGUAAUUAUCGAAAGGGUGCAUUCCAUUGGUCUCAAUAUGGAAUUGAAUGCUAAAUGAGCUACGAAUUUAAUGAAAACUAAACUGUGCAUUGGAACAAAAUGUAUAGUACGCAUUCCAUUGUACUCUCAGUGGGAAUGAGAAUUUUUAUUCAAUAUCGCGUGAUCAUAAUCAGCCAAUUAUUAAGCCGGUUACAGACGAGCAAGUUUUCUAUGACAAGUUUUUAUGUGACAAGUUUUUUGCCAGGUGCACGUGUGUAUAUGCAACAAAUUUUAUAUGACAAGUUUCCAUAUGACAAGUUCUAUUUUAAAUUAUAUAGUACCUUAUUGAAUUCUGAUUGUUUAAUUGGCUGUUUAUGGUCACGUGAUAUUGAAUAGAACAUUCCAUUUCCCAAGAGUGCAAUGGAAUACGUUCCAUUGCACUCUUUGCGAGUGCAAUUGUACUAUACGUUUUAUUCCAUUGCACUCUUUGUGUUUUCGAUAAAUCGCAUCCGUCAAAAUGAUUCUCAUACGAAUCUACUGUAUUAGUCUAUUUUGGUAUUAUAUAAAACAAAUAAUGAAUGUUUAUUCGUGCAAUGGUAAGAAUAUUUUCAUUCGGUGAAAGAUGGAAUGUUCCAUUCAACUCGGCUGUCGCCUCGUUGAGUGGAACAUUCCAUCUUUCACCUCAUGAAAAUAUUCUUACCAUUACACGAAUAAACAUUCAUUAUUUGUAUAUUAUUUACUGGCGUGAACGUGUCAACAAGUUUACUUUGACAAUUCGACAACUCUAGAAAUUAAUAUUCCAUAAAUUAUCUCUCCAUCUGAGCAAUUCUAACAGGUUUUGUUAUUUCCGAAUCAGUCCAACGUAAGGUGUUUACCGCCGCCAUGACAGAAAAAUUAUAAUAGUCCGCUGGCCAAUUACAUCAAAUGCUCAGAUUACUUUGACAAGUUUUCUUUGUUGACCCAUACAGACGAACAAAAUUUGUACUUUGACAAUUUAUUUUCUAUGAUAAGUGCACUUGUUCAAAAGCUGGCAUGCUAACUUUUGAACAAGUGCACUUGUCAUAGAAAAAAUUGUCAAAGUUGCGCAUACAGACGAGCAAAUAAAACUUGUCACAUAAAACUUGUCAUCUUGCUUAAAUGCCCAUAGACGACCGCCAAACGUUCUGAAAGUUGCAUUCUGAUGACAUUUUUUGUUGGAAGCUGUCAACUGGCAUUUUCUUAGAGUAUAUGUUGUCACCUCUCAAACCUCUGAUUUUGGCGUUAAAGUGCCUAUAUCACUUGUGGAACCUUUAUGGAUUUGAAAAGAGCGUAAAAAGUUAGUUCAUAAGUUCUGAAGCUUUUCUUGAUUUAGUGCAAUAGUUUUGACGAUAUAAGCCUUCAAACAACGGACUGUUCCUGAGUCCCAGCCUCCUGGGGUCUAAACACAGCUAUUGAAUUUGGCCUUUUUCGAAACUGUCCAUUGUGCAUAGGAGCCUGGGACUCAGGAACUGUAGGUAGUUUAGAGACCUGUAUCUUCGAAAUUAUUGCACUAAAUCAAAAAAAUGCUUGUGAAUUUAUUAACUAACUUUUUACGCUCUUUCAAAUCCAUAAAGGUACCACAAAUGAUAUAGGCACUUUAACAUUUGAGAAUUUUAAAAUACGGCUUAUGAAUGUACCAUGUUGACAAAAUUUCAAGUUUACUUUUCACAAAAAUAAACUCCACCAUUAGAAAGAUCGCAAAAAGUAUACAUAAGACAUUAAAGCGAGUAGUGCGAACUUUCAAGUCGGUUUUAGUACCUUUUAGCAUUAAUAAGUGCAUUUUUUUCAUCUAUGAACGUUAAUAACUCAAAAUCGGCUACGAAAAUCAUACUACUUGCUUAUUAAAUGUCGUGUUUACUUUUUGCAGACUUUCUAAUGGUAGAGUUUAUUUUUGUUAAAAAUGAAUUUGAAAUUGUUGCAUUUUGAAUUUGUCAACAUACUACUUUGAAAAUAGGCAAUAUAUUAAUAUUCCCAAAUUCGUGGCUUUUAGACUGUAGUGUCAAAGAGAUGUAGCUAAUUUGCUCAGGGAAAACAUUUAAUAAAUAAUGAAACAUUAUUUAUACCUGAACCAUAUAGUGACAAACAUCAUGCUUUUGACCUGUAUCUAAAAUUAUUAGCUAUCAAUAUGCACAUUAAACACAUUCUCGUAUUUUUUUAUAGGUAUUUGACUCGCGCCGAUUUCGUAACGAUUCGUUGAUUGGCUUUUACAAGGUAAGGACUUUUUCUUUGAUUUGGCACAUCCUCUUUACCACAUCCUCUUCACCACAUCAUUCUCUUAUUUAUUUGCAGUGUGAUAUACGAGAAGUAUACAAUUUUGAAGAAGGUAACAGUUUCUUUCAUUUUCUUUCUAUAAAACUUUCACGUCCAUUCAUAGUUAUAAUUUCAAAUUCUUGUAAUAUUUAACACUUUCUUACCGAAGGUGUUUUAAAUAUUUUAUUAUAUAUUUUCACAACGUUUCGGGUCGUCUUCAGGCAAUGACUUACAAAAAAUCAUUACAAAUCUUGAUUACUGACACAUCAGCAUUCAAAUGUUUGUGCAUGGUGAUUUUGUCAGAAUUAAAUUGUCCAGAAUGGCUCUGCUUUGGUAUAUUGGGUGAGCAUUUUAAUGUAAUCUAUAUCAUUUUUAUUGGAUUGAUAAUUUAUUAUCAUCACCAUUCGAUGAUACAGGGUUGUUCCAAAAAAACUAGCUUGAACAGCCUCUAAAACGACCAUAGUCUAUGAAGAUAUGAUGUUCUGGAAUUCCGGCAAACUUCGAAGCCACAAAAUAGAACACCUUUGUUUGAUGCUGAACUGUAUACGUAACCGUGCACAAAUCCUUUGUCUCAACGUCAUGAAAUAUUAUUCAUCGAGGCUGCACGUUUCAUCUCUGCUAUCCCUAUUGGACGGUUACUUAAUUAUACGAAAACUAAAUACAAUGAGCUCAUGCAUUCACCAUGGCCGUGAACAAAUUAACAUCAACUCGGACAAAAACAUAUCAUAAACACUUCUGUUUGGUUUCAAGACCAUCAUAUUUUGAUAGACUAUCAGACGACAAGGGACAACAGCACACUCACCUACGAAAGUUGCUAUAUCUGGGAUUGUCUAUUUGUUUUGUUGCCGAUGACUACUAAGACCAAAAUCCCCCCGCGCCAUCAAGUCUUAUGACGUUAUUAUGCAUAAGACAGUGAACUCUAUGUAAUCUGGAACGAUAAUUUUUUUUUGGGGGGGGGAUUGAAGUCAGUGCAUUUUAGGUUUUCUGAGUUUUGAGCAGAAAUACUCAACACUGAACGUUGUGCUGUAUAUGAAACUGAAGCUAUUGAUAAACGCUAUUUGGCGUAGAAAUUUUAAGACUUUAGCUAAAAGGGGAAUAUUUAAAAACUACAAAAAUAAUUGCCAUUAAUUCGUCAUUUUUUGGCCGAAUAUGUCAGUUGUUUUUGUAUUUUUAAAAUAUUUUUCUUUUCGCUGAAGUCUUGAAAUUUCCACACCGAAUAGCAAUUUUCAAUAGCUUCAGUUUCAUAUAUAGCGCAACGUUUGGGAUCAAGUAUUUCAGCUCAAAACUCAGAAAAAUCAUUUUUGGCUUUAGCGAAUCUUGGGCCUUAUCAUAGGAAUGAUCGUUCCAGUUUACAUAGAGUUCACUGACAUAAGGUCUAUUGUGGCGUUAGCCUGCGAACAGGCUCUCAAGCUGAAUUGAGAGCCUGCAUCGAUGACUAAUGAAUUUGAAUAUCUGCCCCGUAACGUUCGUUUUUCCAAAUAUGGAAUGUCUAUCCUUAUAUGGUGUUGUUUACAACUUUCGUGCGAACUAAAUUUAGAUCGUGCAAACUAAAUUUAGACUGUACAGUUUAUACUGUUUUUCGAAAUAUAAGAUAUUCAAGCAAAAGUUCAAAUGUUUUAAAUACUGUUUUCUCAAAACAGAACAUUUCGUGCUUUGAGAUAAGACGGCCAAGACCAAUUUGAUCAGUUAAUGUGUUUUUUAUGCAUAAUGCUUAAGCAGUUGACAUAUAUAGAGUUCAGCGGAAACAUAUAAAUUAUAGCAUCUGACCAAUGAGAAUUUCGCGUCACGAUUUGAGACGCAGAUAUUCAAAUUCAUUAGUCAUCGAUGCAGGCUCUCAAUUCAGCUUGAGAGUCUGUUCGCAGGCUAAUUAGAGGUCAGGAUCACAUUGUUAUGAGCAGAACCAAUGCGCAGAAUGGACUUGACUUCCCCUUUAAAAAAAAACAAGUAGGGCGCGCUGGUUGUUGUGCAGUACAGUUGCAACAUGCAUGCACAUACAUAGGCUACCUGGAUAUAUUUGGUAGUGAUGUUAAGUUUCCUUACAGUAAGAUCCUUAAUGUUGCAUGCAUAUAGAAUAUAUUCUCAUUUUUUGUUUGCAGAGUGAUUUUGAAAUCCAGCAUACUGAGAGAAUAAAGGCGUGUUCAACACCGCUAUUGGCAACCGGAUCUCUACAAGAGAUAAGUUCACUUACCCUCAUUGCAGAGGGUAUAUGGUAUAGUUGCCAUAUUAAGAGGAAAUACUAUAAUCAGCACUAUUACAUGCUUAUUAGCAGCGUACCGUAAACCUCCGAAUAUAAGCCCCCCCCGAAUAUAAGCCCCUCCCGAAUAUAAGCCCCCCUCCCCGUGUAUAAGCCCACCACAUGUAGUACUUUUACUUUACUUGUUUGUCACUAUUACACUAACACAAAAGAUCGUCCGUGUAUAAGCCCCCCCCCCCCCCGUAUAUAAGCCCCUCCUUGUAUAAGCCCAUCAAAAAUCGCUUACGGAAAAAUAUAAGCCCAGGGCUUACAGUCGGAGGUUUACGGUAUUUUGUUCUUAAUGCUGAAUACCUCAAUGGCCUUGGCAAUGUUCCUCGAGCAUAUUCGGCUGGGAAGGAUUAGUCAAACUCUGCCAAUCGGUGAACUAUAGAACAAGCUAGAACUAAGAUUAUAUGGCGAUUGAUUGUUGUAACAUAUUAUAAUAAUGAGAGAUUGAGAAUGCACAAACAGGCCGGGGUUGCAUGGUGAUCGCGAUCUAAUUAAUGCUAAGCACUUAAGUGCUUAGCCAUGAUUUCAUGAUAAUAUAUAAUACUUGACAAAACCAUGCAACUCUCUAGCCUGUGUGUCAGUAACAGUGUAGUCAACUGGAACACAGGCUAUAGUAACACAAAACGCACUACUGUGUACUUACUGUAAUUUUAGAUGUUACAAAAUAUAUUUUUAUAUACAGUUCAUAAUAUUGUUUGAUUAUAGCGUACUUGGAUGAUUAAUUGCCUGCAGAAUUAUUGUUUAGCUAUUUCGUUUUAGCGCAUCUUAUUCAGUUGACGCAACAUCAUUUGACCAACGAAAGUGCGCGAUGUUUCGUCUCCGACUUUGACCGUUAUUUACUGGUUGUUAUAAGUAAAAAAAUUGGCCAAAUCAACCAAAAUAUUGUUGGUGAAUAUCCGUAUACCAUUUGUAUUAUAGUUAAAACAACCUAUAUUUAUUUGGUUGAAAUAUGCUCAAUUUGACAGUUUAAAUUUUAGUCAUUUUAACUUUUGAAUAUAGGUUGGAAUUACCUUUUUUAAUUGGUCAAAAUAACCAUAAAUUUUUAGUUCAAUCAACCAAUAAUUAAUACGUUAAAAUGACAUAUUACAGAUUUAUAGGUUAAAGUAACCAUUUUCUAUGGUUUGUUUUAACCUAUUUAAUUUUAGUUGUUUUAACCUAUUAAAACAACCUAUUUCUUGUGGGUUAUAAACCAACCCAUUUUUAAUGGUUUGUUUUAACCUAUUUAUUUUCGGUUCUUUUAACCUAUUGAAAUAACCUAUUUUUAUCGGGUUGUCCUAGACCAAACCAAAUAACCUAUUUUUUUUGGUUAUUUUAACCUAUCAGUUUUUACAGUGUAACAAGACAAAAUGUCAACUAUGUUCAAGUCGCAAGGAAGAGAACAGUUCAUUGCUUCAUUACAAAGAUGGCUGCGUCUAUGCUAUGUAUGAGAUGCAACAGUUGACAGGAACUUUUCAGGUAACCGUGUUAAUUUGGCAGCAUGAGCAUUAGAUACGGAGAAAUACGCAGAGAUACGCAUGCAUAAGCAGAAGUACAUUAAUGAAUACCUCUCCCCCUGUAACUAACUUUGGAGAUUGAACCUUUAACUACAGCACGAUGUUUUAAUGAAAAAAUUCAAAUCUUUCAAAUUAAACAAGUCAUCUAGUAAAACGCUGUCCGAAUUUUAUAUACUAGGCGCGAAGAUGAAUUGGAUAAGUCAAUUUUCAGACACAUAAAUUUUGAGUCGCACUAAAAAGACGACGUUAAGCGUGCGUUUUAACCGAUUGUUCUUAAAUUUGCACACAUUGUAGGUGCAUGUCUUGGCUACGAAACUGUGUUAGUAUAUUUUAUAACACUAUAUUUUAUAACACUAUGUUUUCUUCAUUUAUCUGGCUACAAUCGGCGAAAAUUUGAUAGAAACUGGAUAUAACAAUUCGCCGAGUAAUGGCAAAUCUCCUGAAACGCGUGUGCCUAUAAGCUAUCCUAUCAAUCUAAUGAAAAUCUCACUAGAAUGAAAAAGCAAAUUAUGAGUAUUGUAGAUGGAAAUUAUCGAGUGGAAAUUUAUAUACAUUUAUUAGACUACUAUGGCAGUACCCUAGUACGUGUAUAUACAUGAACUUGUGGAUAGAGCUCGACAACUGACCUCUGUAGCCCAGUUGGUUAGAGCGCUGCACCGGAAUCGCAGGGCCACAGGUUCAAUUCCUGCCAGGGACCUAAAGUUUAAUUUUUCGCAUCUGUUCCUAGUUAGGUCUAAUGAAUGUAUAUAAAUUUCCACUCGACAAUUUCCAUCCACAAUACCCAUCAAAUAUUCAGUAACCUUAAUAUCGUGAACUGUUCUCCCACUCAUAUGACUUCAGUUGAACCACAUGAUUAACUGGAAAUUUUCUGUUUUCGUAGAAUUUCGACGACAAAUGUUCAAGCAUGAGUUGUUCAAUAAAAUACAACUGCUGUCAACAAUCCGGUCACUGUCCCGAAAACAAAAUAUGUAAACCAAUCAACUCACUCGCAAAGCCCUGGAAACGUUUUACCUGCAACUGCCCAGAUGGUUACCAUGGAGAAGACUGUAAACAGCCAAUCACGUCAUGCCAAGGUUAUGCCAGUGGUUCUCGGAAAUCGGGUAUGUAUAAAGUUGUGGGUUCUGAUAAGUCAAUGUAUGAAGUAUACUGUCAUUUUGACUCUGAUGGUGCUUGGACUCUGGUGCAGUCUUACAGUUUUGCAAACGGAUCCAAAUUUGAAGGAUUCCAAAACCCAAUAUCUGGAAACCAUCCUGUAAGCGAAAAUGCGCUAACAUGGAACGGUUAUCGACUUAGCAAAGACAGAAUGAAAUCUAUCCAAAGCAAUUCAGUUUUCCUACGGUUCAUGUGCGACUACGAGAAGCAACAUGAUGUGAAUAAAUCGGACUAUCUUCAAAUACCGCUCGAGGUCUAUAUCCAGGGUUAUAAGAAAAUCAUCAAUGUUCUCGCGCUAACAAACGGAUACACAAAUAUUUUUACUCAUCAUGGCGAUGUUGGAGGAAUACGGUCAAAACAUUGUAAGAUUCGGCUAAAUCAUUUUGAUCACUGGCCUUUACAUAUCCAUAUAGACAAUGCUAAUAUUGGAUGCAAGCUAACCCAAUUGCCAAUGCCCAGUAACAGCCAAGGUUGUUUAUCGCAUCAUCAUUUCCAUUAUUUUGGCGGAUAUGGUACACACUGUUUUGAUAAAGCACAUCUUUGUGUACAAGCAAAGGACUCUACGUCGCAGCUUUGGUUUGGUCAUGCGUAG